AAGAAAAAGUUUUUUAUCGUAGUGUUGGCAACUCUUUAUUUGAUCUCUUGAAGCUCUCCAUUUGUUUAUUUUUUGAUCUUUCUUUUUAGCCAUCUUGACAUUUCUCACGAACAGCUGAUUAGAGUAUAUGGAAAUAGCAAAGUGCAUUGCAUAUCAAGAAUUUUUGGCUAAAUAUCUAAAUUAAAUUAAAUUUUAUAUUAAAUUCAAAUAAUAAAACUAAAAAGUGUGCAAAAAAUUAAACCAUUUUAAUAAAAUGAUUGAAUUGGAUCCUGAUAUUGUAGUAGAAUUCGAGAGUCUGGAAGUGUCAACAAAACGACCAACCCUGGAGGAAAUCAGUAAUUUUGAUGAAAAUGCACACAUUAAAGUAAGAGAAGAAGCAACACAUCCCACUUUUGCCACAAUACCAAAGUUUUUUCAUGCACCGCCACCACUGACCGAUACACUGCGACAGAAUUUGCGUAAGGAGGCACAUUCGCUGUUUUUACAGAAACGUUCCCAAGAAUUGCUGGACAAUGAAGAGUUGAAUGCACUAUGGGGCAUACUGGAGAAGCAGUGCACACAGAUAACACCGCUUGGACAACAAUUGAUUGGUUAUGAUGAAUAUUUAAAAGUAAUCGAAGCGGUGAGUGAAAAAUGCCGCAAAUUCUUAACAGCGCGUCUGUUUGCCAAAUUGCAGUGCAGUUCAGGUUAUCCAGGUAAAGUGGAAAUUGUUAGUAUAUUUAACUAUACUAUGCGAAAAGUAUGGCUAAUGCAGGGUCGCAUAGGACUUUCAUUCUACGAUGAUACUGGGCAGGGUUUUUUACGUGAAAUCGAUAUGGAAAAUUAUAUUGUUGAUAUUAUACCGACUUUGUCACAAAUUUCCGUCGAACCAUCUUUUCAUAGUUUCUAUGUUUGUACGGUGGUGAAAAAAUUCUUUUUCUUUCUCGAUCCGCUACACACUGGACGUAUACGCAUACGUGAUAUAUUGGCCUCUGGUCUGCUGGCUGAGCUGUUGGAGUUGCGUGAUGAAACAACGAAGGAAGAACAAGAGAGAAAUUGGUUCUCAAUGACGUCAGUGUUGAGUGUGUAUGGAAAUUAUCUUAAUUUGGAUAAAGACCAUAAUGGAAUGUUGAGUAAGCAAGAGUUAGCUGCUUAUGGCAGUGGUACACUGACAUCUGUCUUCCUCGAUCGUGUAUUUGAUGAAUGUCGGACAUUUGAUGGCGAAAUGGAUUAUAAAACAUUUCUUGAUUUUGUACUUGCACUUGAUAAUCGCAAUGAACCACAAUCGCUGCAUUACUUAUUCCGUAUAUUAGAUGUCCAGCACAAGGGCUACCUGACCGCACAGACACUUCAUUACUUUUUCAAAGGCAUACAGGAGCAAAUACGCGCUGUAAAUGCUGAUGCGGUAAACUUUGAAGACCUGAAAGAUGAAAUUUUUGAUAUGGUCAAAUCAAAGGAUCCCUACAAAAUUACAUUACAGGAUUUAAUUAAUUGUGGACAAGCUGAAACUGUUGUCUCCAUACUAAUUGAAUUUCACAAAUUCUGGGCAUAUGAAAAUCGUGAAGAAAAUUCACAUAAUGUUUGAGAAUUUGUAAUAGCAAAUACGGAAAUUGUGAAACGACCAGAAUAAAUAAAAAUUUAAUUAAAAUGUUGGAAAUGCAAUUGCCACAACGACUGAGAAAAUUAGAUGCUUUUAAUUAAAAAUGAGUUUCUUUUAUUUCGUUUCGUUUUUUUUUUUGCGAUUCUCAUUUUCCUUACUGCCAUUUGUGUGCCACACUUACGAAUCUGCCGGGUUGUAAGUUUAGUUAAUAAUAUUAAAUUCAGAAUGUUCUGCACAUGUAAACAAUUAAAAU